AUGGAUUCGACGCUUCCAGAUGCUUCUGGUCCAUCUCGGGCAGAUAUGGAUGCUGCAGCUCUGGACGCUACUACAGCUGUUACUACCCCCGGAGCAAGGGUACUUGUGAAAGUGGAAGAGCCUCCCAAAUUCGACCUUGAUACUUACAUUGCAAACUACACUGGGCGCACCCGCUACGACCGUCUUUACCUCAUCGGCACAUGCUCCCCAUUACUCUCGACCGACGCCCUCAAGGCAGCCAUCGCCGAAGCUAGAACCAGCAAAGACGUUUCGAGAUACGAGAGGGCAGUCCGCGCACUGGCGGAGGUCGCUCCGAACGACCCUGACGCUUCUCUUGACGCCGCCUGGGUCCAGGAAACCAAUCGAUACGUACACACCCAGACCGAGCGAUUGGAACAUGAGCUGCGGGGAUAUAAAAACAAUUUGAUUAAAGAGAGUAUUCGGAUGGGCCACGAGGAUUUGGGCAAUCAUCAUUACGAGACUGGUGACCUGACCGCUGCCUCCAAGGCUUACUCUCGUAUGAGGGACUUCUGCACUACCCCGAACCAUAUCACUUCUAUGCUAUUCAAGAUGAUCAACGUCGCUACAGAACGUGGUGACUGGAUGUCUGUUCAGUCCAACGUCCACCGACUGCGCAACUCUCAGUCAAAGCCAGAGGACGCAGCCAAAAACCUAACCAAAAUCUCAGCCGCUUCAGCUCUGUCGCAGAUGCACCAAGGCUCAUACCUCGAAGCAGCAAACUCUUUCUUGUCUGUCCCGCCGGAGCUGGGCGACACCUACAACGAAGUCGUCACCCCCAACGAUGUCGCUGUUUAUGGUGGUCUAUGUUCUCUCGCCUCUAUGAACCGUGACGAGCUCCCGACGUUCCGCAACUUCCUCGAACUCGAGCCUCAUAUCCGCCGCGCUAUCACUUUCUUCUGCAACUUCAAGUUCCGCCAAUGCCUUGACAUUCUCGAAGCUUAUCGCCCCGACUACCUCCUCGACAUCCACCUUCAGCGUCACAUCCCGGAAUUGUACAAACGCAUCCGCACCAAAUCCAUCGAGCAGUACAUGAUUCCUUUCAGCCGUGUCACACUCGACUCCAUGGCGAAGAUCUUUGCCCCUACCGUCGUUGGCGGCGAAGCGCGACCCACGGACAUUUCCUCGCCGUUUGUGCAAGAACUGGUCGGUCUCAUCCAGGAUGGUGUGCUGAACGCUCGCAUCGACCUGGAGAAGGGAGUGCUAGUGUCCAACCAGAUCGACCUACGGGCGGAGGUGCAGCGUACCACCCUGGAGAGCAUACGCGAAUUUAACCAGGAGGCCCAUUGGCGGAUUCUACAUGCCGCCGUGCUCCAGGCAGGAUUGGAGGUCAAGCCCGAAAAGACUGAAGUACCUGGAGUAGGAAAGGCUGCACGGUUUCCUCGAGGUCAGGGUAAGAAUUAA